UGAACAUUAAAAAUAAACAUAGCACUCCACAUACCUUGGCUUCCUAGCAACGGCUCAAAAUAUCAAACAAUGUUUUCUUGGCUCAGCCCAAUUGGCUUAUACGGCGGCUUCGUCCGUCGGUGUCUGACCGGCGCCGGCCUAACUUGUCAAUCAAUAGAAAUCGACGAUGAAACGACUAUCCACUUUUGGGGUCCAAAAUCAUCAAAAAUGAAACCAUCACUUAUCUUAAUCCACGGAUUUGGUCCUCACGGCGUUUGGCAAUGGCGUCCACAGAUUUCAUUCUUCUCUAAUGAUUUCGAUUUAUACAUUCCUAGCCUCGUCUUCUUCGGCCGUUCUACAACCAAAUCUCUCCAGAGGUCAGAGGUUUUUCAAGCAACCUGCAUCGUAAAGCUUUUAGAAAAACUUGGUAUUGAAAAGUGUUCCAUCAUUGGGACUAGUUAUGGUGGAUUUGUUGCCUAUCACAUGGCUAAAAUGUUGCCGGGAAGGGUAGAAAAGGUAAUUAUAGCAAGUUCGGCGGUUAAUAUUAAGAAAAUAGAUAACGAUGGACUAUUGAAAAGAGCUAAUGUUGAGAAGAUUGAGGAUUUGAUGUUGCCGGCGACGGUGACCCAGCUCCGGGUAUCGAUUACGGCGUCUACUAAUCGGAGUUUGCCAUAUAUGCCGGAUUUCUUUCUCAAUGAUUUUAUCAACAAAUUGUAUCUUGAAAACAGGAAGGAAAAGUUGGAACUGUUAAAUGGGUUAAGCAUUGGAAGAGAUGACACAGUAGAUAAUAUAACUCCACUUCAACAGGAAGUAUUAAUUGUGUGGGGGGAGAAUGAUCAGAUAUUUCUACUUGAAAAGGCAACUGAACUCAAAGAGCUUCUUGGGGAAAAGGCUAGAUUGGAAGUCAUUAAAAAUGCCUCUCAUGUGCCCCAACUCGAGCAUGGGGCCAAGUUCAACAAAAUAGUUAACGACUUCUUGUGUGGUUCAGAUGAUUAAUUAAUUAAUUAGACUGCUUAUUACUAAUUUUUGUAUUUCCUUGUCUACAAACUCAAGUACUAAUUUGAAAAGAUUUAUGGAUUGUUAAAAUUUUAUAAGACAAUUGCAGCUUUGAAAGAUUUUGUAAAUAAGAUGAUUCACCGCCAUUUUGCACUU